AUGGAGAAGGAGGUGAAAGAAACAAAAUUUUACGAUAUUCUUGGUGUCAAGCCAUCAGCAUCGGAAAGUGAAUUAAAAAAAGCUUACAGAAAGUUAGCACUGAAGUAUCACCCGGACAAAAACCCCAAUGAGGGCGAAAAAUUUAAGGCGAUUUCUCAAGCCUACGAAGUACUCUCAGAUCCUAAAAAAAGAGAAAUAUAUGACCAAGGCGGAGAGGAAGCACUUAGUGGAGCUGGUGGCGGUGGAGGUUUCCACAACCCAAUGGACAUUUUCGACAUGUUUUUUGGAGGUACAUUUCGAUCUGGGAAGAAAGUUCGAGACAUGAUUCAUCAACUCCCCGUUACGCUUGAACAACUGUAUCGAGGAGCAACUAAGAAGUUAAAAGUCACUCGCAACAUAGUAUGUCCAAGCUGUGAAGGUGUUGGAGGCAAGAAGGGGUCUGUACUGUCAUGUCCGAUGUGCGACGGUCAUGGAGUGCGCGUACAGGUGACUCAAAUUCUUCCAGGAAUGGUCCAACAAACUCAGAGUACUUGCCGGAAUUGUAAUGGCAAGGGCGAAGUUAUACCAGAAAAAGACCGGUGCAAAGACUGUAAUGGGCAGAAGAAAAAGAGAGACGAAACUCUUUUAGAAGUUCAUAUUGACAAAGGAAUGAAAGAUGGUCAAAAAAUUACCUUUUCUGGAAUGGGUGAUCAGGAGGUUGGAAUUCCUGCCGGUAACAUUGUAAUUAUUCUUGACGAGCAGCAGCAUCCAACAUUUGUUCGUAAAGAUAAUAAUUUAGUUACGCAAGUUGAGUUGAAGCUUGCUGAAGCUCUUUGUGGAUGCACAAAAUAUAUAAAAACACUUGAUGAUCGUUAUCUUGUUUUCGUUAUUCUUCCAGGAGAAGUGAUUAAACAUAAAGAAAUGAGAGUAAUUCCGUCAGAAGGGAUGCCUUUGUACAAGAGCCCUUUCGAUAGAGGCGAUCUACUUAUUCAGUUUUCUGUUCAAUUUCCUAAACAUAUUUCAAAAAAGCAUUUCGAUCGUCUUAAUCAUUUGAUACCUGGACGUUCGAAGCCGCACAUUCCUGACGAUGCUGAGUAUCACAAACUGGAAGUAGUACAUGAACGGAUCGGCCGACGGCCUUCUGAUGAUGAUGAUGGGUCUAGUCAUCCAGUACGGUGUCAAACACAAUAG